AUGGCGGCGAUCGAGGUGGUCGACGUGCGGACCGACAUGCGGUUACAGCGGUUCGACGGCACGGACGAGAAGUGGGGAGACUGGAGUCUCAGGUUCGAGGCCUACACCGCGCUGCUCGGCUUCGAGGAAUUCAUGACUGCGGCGGGCCAGAGGCAGGACCCGCUGCUGAACGACCAGCUCGACGAGCGCCUGACAAUGUCAGGUCACAUCAGGGGCUACUACAACCAGGGCAGGACUUGUACUCACGUCCCAGACGUGGGCGGGGUUGUCCCGAUGCAGGUGGAUGCAGUCCGUGCCCAGCUGCCCAAUGGCAAGGCCAACGGCAAAGGCAAGACGUACAAGUCCGACAAGUCAGGCGGGAAGUCGGGCAGAUACCAGAAGGGCAAGGACUCAAAGACCAAGUCUAAGGGUCGUGAUGGCGGCAAGCACGCCAAGAACCAGACGGAGUACUUCGACGGCGAGCGCGGUUACUGCGGCAAGUGGGGCCACAAGCGGGCGGACUGCAGGAAGAAGAAGGCCGAUGACCGAAGAAGGAGCCAGCAACCAGCGGAUGGCACGGUGAAGGCGGCGUCGGGCUACUUUGACGGCAAGCCCGGUGGCUGGGUGUUCGCGGUCACGGCACAGCCGAAUGGCCGGGUGGCGAAGGUUGGCGGCUCCAUCCUGAUCGACAGCGGCAGCGAUGACCAUCUCUGCAGGCACAGAUUUGUCCCAGAGGCUCCCAUCAGCGCUGCGGUGGACGCGCCGAGGCUCUUCGACGUGCAGCAGCGCCCACUACCGACGGCAGGCCUGAGGGGAGUAGAGAUGACCUUGAAGGAGGGCAUCACGGCGACAGCGGACUUCCUCGUCGCCGACGUGAGCGAUGAUCUGCUGAGCAUGGGGAAGCUGCUCAGGCAGGGCUUCAGGUUCAACCUCAGCCUGGAGGACGGGCUCUACAUGACGAAGGGCCAUCGCAGCUUGCAGCUCACGCUGGAGAGGAACAGCCUCAGGCUCCCGAUUGUCGCGGCGGGCCCCGCAGCCGAGGCUCACCACUGCCGCGGUGCGGCAGAGCGGCACAAGCAGGCAGUCAAGGAGCAGCUCGGGAUCCAGCACGACCCAGUCGAUGCUAGGGAGCUACCCGUGCCGAAGGUCACGCUCGAGGACUCCGAGCGGAAGGCGCCGCUCAUCAGCUUCGACUUUGGGUUCUGCAAGACAGCUGAUGAGGACGGCUACCUGACGAAGGUCGAGGACACCUAUGCGACGAUGCUCGUGGCGUUCAGCUCGGACGCUGGAGUGGUGAAGGUCACCCCAUGCCCAUCGAAGUCGGCAUCACCGUACGCGAUCGCAGGCAUCCAGCAUUUCGCUCAGCGGCUCGAGACGGGCAAGUGCAGACUCAGGACCGACUCUGAACCUGCAACGAAGGCGAUCCUGGACGGGGUAGUCGCAGAGCUGACGGGCAAGGUCAUUCCAGAGUUGACGCCCAAGCACAGCAGCCAGUCCAACCCAGCGGAGGCGGCAGUGAAGAUCGCUGAGGGCCAGACGCGGGCCCUCAGGUCGAGGCGACCACGGGCAGCCCCGCCCGUGGCGACAGAGAUCCCGAGGGCGGAUCAGCAGCAGCAGCAGCAGCAGGCGGAGAGGCGCGGGCUGCCGCCUGAGGCGGAGGCCUCAGAGAGCAAACGAGCGCGGGUUGCGGCGGUCCACGAGCUGGACGUCGGCAGCAUAGACGACCCGCCCGACGCGUUCUGGGAGGAGAUCUCGGAUGAGGUCGAGGACCAGACCGAGGACAUGUUCGACGUGGACGCUCAGGUUGAGCUGGACAAGAAGCUCACGCUCGAGCACCUGCAGAGCCUCCUGGACCACGGCGUCGGCGAGGACACCCCCAAGUCGGAGGCAAGGGGAAUGAAGCACAUCACCACCUGCUGGGAAAAGCAGUGGAGGUGGAAGCCUGCGCGACAGGAGUGGCAGCGCAAGGUGAGAUUCGUCUGCCGCGGGUUCCGCUGGCAGGAGUGGCGCGACGACCUGUUCACGCCAGGAUCGGCUCCGAUCUCCAACGGGCUCAUCGACUUCAUGCCUCUCAAGCGCGGCUUCGAGGCGAUGGCGCUAGACGCGACGGACGCCUUCUACCAGGCGCCCGAGCACGAGGAUGUGGUGGUGGAUCCACCGCAGGAGUACCCCGACAGGCUGCAGACAGAGGGCAAGAGCACGGACAUCUACUGGAAGUUGAAGAGACAGCUGCCUGGCAGGCGAACGGCGGCGCCUGGCUGGGUGGAGCACAUGGCAGGCAUCCUCAUGGGCGAGAUGCGUAUGGCGAGGUGCGAGAUGGCCCCGCAGUUCUUCUACAGCUCAGAGACUGGGGUGGUGGUCGAGCUCCACAUGGACGACCUACACAUGGCAGGACCAAAGGGCGCGCUGGAGGGCUUCCGUGACGAGCUGGGCCAGCAUGUGACCUUCAGCGGCGGCGAGAUCCACGAGUACGGCACCACUUACGAACACCUGAAGAGGUUGCGGGCGCGGUUCGGGCACGGGACAGAGCUGAAGGCGAACCCGAAGUGCCUGGACUACGUGGUGGAGACCCUCAACCUCGGGAGCGCGAAUACGGCGCCCACGCCAGGAGUGCCAGCUCACAAGGCGCUCAUGGGGAGCACCUCGGCCCUGUCUCCCGUUCAGGCUGGCAUCUACCGAUCGUGCGUGGAGGCGCCGACGUACUACGCCCAGGACAGGGCGGACUGCCAGUAUGAGGUGAGCCUGCUAGGAAGGAUGCUGUCAGGCCCCACCGACGGUGCCUUCACCGCACUCAAGAGGCUGGUCAGGUACCUGAUGGGCACGAGGGACGCGGUGAACUGGCUUCCGAGACCGACGGAGGGCACGAACGUCGAGCUGGUGGGCUACGGCGACAGCGACUGGGCAGGCGACCUUCAGACGAGGAGGUCACAGUCGAGCGGCAAGAUCGAGAUCGACAACGUCCCCAUACACUCCUUCCGCAGGCGCCAGGCGAUCGCGGCGACUAGCUCAGGAGUGGCAGAGUACGAUGCGGCGAUAGCAGUCGCCGAAGAUCUCCUCUACUUCAAGUCGCUCCUGGAGUUCAUGGGCUUCACGGUGGCGGCUACUCUUCUGACGGACUCGUCGGCGGCCCGAGGGAUUGCCAAACGUGAAGGAGUUGGCAUGGUCAGGAGCCUGGAGGCGCGUGUGCUUUGGCUCCAGCAGGCGAUCAAGAGGAAGCUGAUGGACCUCGGGACCGUCGGCACCGAUGAUAACAAGGCCGACCUGGGUACGAAGAUCCUCGGGUACGAGCGCUUCGUCAAGCUCAGGCGGCAUCUACACGGACCCGCCACUGGGUACGACGGCUACUACGACACGGAGGUUUGCUCCACGGACGGCGUGGUCGCGAGCGACUGGACGAGUUACUGGCUGGUGCUGGUCGUCUGGACGCUGGUCGUGGCCAUCGUCUUCGGCUACGCGGGGUUCCGCUACGCCAGCUGGGGGGAGCAGGAGUGGCUCCUCGUCCAAGCCGAGCCCGAUGACGCGAAGGACAAGAAGAUCGACUCAGGCAUUGGCUGCAUGUUAUCCACGUCGACCAAGUCGACAGUGGACCAGAGCAACCGCACGAGGAGGACGGUUGGCACUCAAUCGCAGACAACGUACAAGUGGAGAUGGGCUACUCCACGUUUCCAGCCAUUGUCGAUCAGCAUGCACGGUGCCUUCCUUGAGGUGCAUGCUGGGAGUGAGGCCAAGGCUAGAGGACUGUUUUUGUACUGA